GGCUUCCUCGUGCAGUCAAACCUUCAAGUCAAAGUUCUCUCCAAGAGAACAAAAAAGGUGACGAUGGCGGCGUUCACUCCCGCAUUUCUGACCCUUUUUCUCAGCGCUUUUGCUCUAGCAAAUGAUAGAGCAAAAUCGACAGGAAAUUGUGUGAAUGGAGACGGAACCUUUCAUUCAUUUAACUACAAGUUUCUAAACGGAACCGGCGUGAACUUGUCUGAUUUUGAGGGCAAAAUCGUGUUGGCUGUGAACACGGCAACCUUUUGAAUGUACACCUACCAGUACCUCGCAAUGAAUGUAUUACACGACAGAUAUAGCAAUAGCUCGCGCUGUCCACUACAAAUCCUAGCUUUCCCAAGCAACCAGUUUGGUCUACAAGAACCUGGAGACAACUAUUAUGAGAUUAUGAAUGGGCUGACAUAUGUCCGGCCCGGGAAAGGCUACAUUCCUCACUUCCCGCUUCUUGAGAAGAAAGAUGUGAAUGGUGAAAAUGAGAAUGAAGUCUACACGUUUCUCAAGCGACGUUGCCCUUCGCCGGACGGUUACCUGGGAGAGCCAAAGAAUCUUAUCUGGUCCCCUGUACGCAGUAAUGACAUCAGCUGGAAUUUCGAGAAGUUCCUCAUAGAUCACACUGGUCAGCCCCAGAAAAGGUACACUGCCCCUGUUGAGCCUCUUGAGCUCGAGCGUGACAUCCAAGAGCUUAUGAGAGCCUGCAGCGAGAAGACAAGUGACUCCGUCCGUAACAGAAUAUUCAGACAAAGUAUACACAAGUUUUAAAAACAAUGGUUUUCUCCCCGUAAUAGCUCCCAUGUUUCAGAUUUUGUAGAAAACGUAGAUAAUAUCUUCUUUAAGACAAUGUUAUACACCAUUAAAUGGUAAUCGCACCUGCCGUUACAAUAGCGGAUGAGGACCAAGUCUCACAGUUUCGAUACUUUAGGUCACAGUCUCCCCAUUUGUAUGACAAGCCGCUCAAAAACCAGAGGUGGAGCGAGCUUUGAUGUGAACGCAACUCUUGCUUGGUCUUCAAUACAUUCAACUGACAAGAGCUGCUUCCGAGUAUGGAUAGUUGCGACUUUUUAAGUAUGAAAAUUAGAGCAGAUAAGAAAACAAAUUAAUAAAAUAAAGAAACGUUUAAAGUGUAA